UGGAUUCUAUUUGAAUAAGGUUGCUAAUUAAAUAAAGAUUCGUUACAUGGCCCAGAGGCAGGUUUGCCUUUCCCCUAAUUAAAUAAAGAUUCGUUACAUGGUCUAUGGCCCAGAGCCAGGUUUGCCUUAUCCCCACUACUGUAAAUCGGAUCUGGCUCUUUAGGUCCUAGCCAACACCAAGAAGAAUGGGACAAAACAUAACGGCUGCAGGCAGACGAAGGAGUAUAAGAGAAACAUUAGCAGGUGUUUUUCCUAACAACUCCUGAAGCUGCCAAGGCAAACGUUACGUUCCAUUCUUCAAGUGAUAACAGGGCAUGGCAUGUUUGCCAGUCAUCUGCAUAAACUUAAAAAAAGGGAGAGUCCCAUCUGUGACGAGGAAGAUGAGACAUCCUUUUAUUAUGUUGGCAUAUGUCCAGCAUAUGCGAACGCAAGACGGGAGCAUCUAAACUUGACCGAGCUGUCAAGACGAACACGCAGGCCACCAGAGACGCAGAGAAUGGCGGGUUUGCCAUUAGAUCGAUCAGAAGAAAGUUCCCCCUUUACGUACUCGGCAGUAGACUUCUUUGGGCCGUUUUAUAUCAAAGAGCGACGUUCCAUGUUGAAAUGCUACGGGGUCGUGUUUACAUGCAUGGCGUCAAGAGCGGUUCAUCUAGAGAGCGCAAACUCAUUAGAUACCAUCUCCUUCAUUAAUUCUCUACGCAGGUUUCUAUGUCGCAGAGGAGAAAUCAAACAGCUAAGAUCCGACCAAGGUACAAAUUUCGUGGGAGCGAGAAAUGAGCUUCACAAAUACCUCAGUAAGUUAGAUGGGCAUAGCAUCUCAAAGUUCCUAUUACAACACAAGUGUGACUGGUUCGACAACAAAUUUAAUCCACCCCAUGCCAGCCAUAUGGGUUGUGCGUGGGAAAGGCAAAUACGUACUAUUCGUAGUGCCAUGAAGCCAAUUCUUUUACAGAGCGAACAAAUGGACGAUGAAGCAUUUCGGACGCUGUUGUUCGAAGUCGAGAACAUCGUGAAUUCUUGUUCUUUAGCGACAACUUUACUCAACGAUGCUGGGUCACUGGAACCCCUGACACCGAAUCACAUUUUAACUUUAAAGCCAAUGAUUUUAAUUGUUGCCUCAGGUAAAGUUUAACGGGCGGACUUGUACUGCAGGUCCCGGUGGUAAGGAUUGCAACACCGCGCAAGUGAAUUUUCGUCACGAUGGCGCAGAGAAUUUCUACUUAGUCGCUAACAACGACCAAAAUCUCGACCAAAUUUAAAGGUCGUCGAUGUGGUUUUGGUAAUGGACAAACUUAACUAAAAACUUAUGGAAGAUGGGUCACAUCGUUGAGGCGUCGCCAAUUGGAGACAAAUUGAUUUGGGAUGUCGCCAACGCUAAAGGGGAAAUUGACACAAACUUGUUCGAUUUUGGAGCGACCCAUACACAAACUAAUACUACUAAACAAUGAAACGAACGAAAAAAGUUAGGGAUAUGUUUCUCGAAGUUGAGCCUUAAAACUAUGUAUUGUGAUCGCGAAAAUUUAUGUAUUUUUCUUGUGUAGUUUAAUUAUGUUGGUGUAAAUAUUCAUACUAUAGUUGGUAAACCAUGUUACUGCCGCAGUGGCGUAGCUGUUUUGUUAAAUAGUAGUCCCUUCCGUUCAGAUUCAUUGAUUGAUGCUACAGCGAAGAUUUCUUUCUACGUCAGUUUUACGUCAUAGCCACGUCUUUUAUUC